GUGUAAGAAAUGGAAAGACAUAGUGACCCAGGAAAGAGCAGUGCCGAUCCCGACGAGGGCCGCGGCGGCGGUGGCGGGGGCGAGAUUAGGUACCGUGGAGUUCGGAAGCGGCCGUGGGGCAAAUACGCGGCGGAAAUCCGGGACUCGACCCGACAAGGUGCUCGGGUUUGGUUAGGGACGUUUAGUACGGCGGAGGAAGCGGCUAGAGCUUAUGAUAGGGCGGCGUAUGCAAUGAGGGGUCAUUUAGCCAUCCUUAACUUCCCCGAGGAGUAUAAUUUGCCGAGUAGUUCAUCGCAUUUCGCGUCGCCGGAAUCCUCUGUGUCUUAUUCGUCGGCUUCGGGUUCGACAUCGACGCCGGUUUCUUCCUCCGCCGUGCAUGGGAGGAGUGAGAGUGAGGCGCAACGUAUGCAUGGUGAACGUCGUCGGGAUGUCAUUGAAUUUGAAUACCUUGAUGAUAAAGUACUUGAGGAACUUCUAGAUAAAACUAAGGGACAAGAUGAUGAUUGAUCUUUGGUUAAGUUUACUACACUCCGUGCCGAGAUAAUUAUUGAGUUUAGAUUUUCUGGAGAGAAGAAGUAUCUGUUUCAAUAGCUACUACUAUGAAUCACAUAUAUAGUUUGUUCAUCUUCUUAUUUUCUUGGUUGGAUUUAGAUGAUCAUUACUUUCUUUUGUGUGAUGUUCGGAUGGAAUUUCUUUGGAUGCGUAAAUAUAACUUAUACUUUUUUUUGAGAAAAUGAUUAUCAGAUUUAUGGUACAAUGUUACAUGGUAAUCAUUACGGUGAAGUAAUUGAUUGUCUUAUUAGUUACACAGAUAAUGAAUUAUGAAUCUCUCAUUGAAUGUAUUGUUUCUCAAAGUUUGAGCUCCAGAUCUGAAAAGUGC